UUCCGCUUUUCCCGCCAGCGCGCCGGCCCAGCCCCACUCCCACGCGCCCCCCAGCGUCCGAGCGCCCGACAGCCGGGAGAAAAGGCACAGGUUGCUGUCGGAAGUCCCCCUUUGGCUCCCUUUCCGUUCUGCCUAACAACUUCCGCUUUGGGCCGUCAACAUGGACGCUGCGGCAGCCUGGCGGAGCUGACUCUGAUCGGUUGCGGGGGCGCAGCUUCUCUGCGGCGCCCGCCCCGCUUCCCCGCCCUCCCCCUCCCCCCCGCCCCUUGCUCCAGUCCCUGGAGCCGGCGGGCUUGUCGCUACAUGGGGGCGGGCCUCCGCGGCCGGCGCACGGCUUCCUGUUCAGAGGCGGCCUGGCGGUAGUAGGCGGCGGUGGCGGCGACUCCGCCCGCGCCUACUUCGGCGCGGUGAUCGAGCGCCCGGGAGGGAGGCUUGAGGGCCGCAUCUUGUGCCGCUGCGCCAAGCCCGGCCCUGCGCCGCCAUGGCCCCAGUGCAGCUGGAGAACCACCAGCUAGUCCCGACCGGAGGCGGCGGCGGGGGCAGCGGCGGCCCGGCGUCAGCCCCGGCGCCUCCUCCUCCGGGAGCCGCCGUGGCGGCGGCCGCUGCGGCGGCGGCUAGCCCUGGCUACCGGCUAAGCACCCUCAUCGAAUUUCUGCUGCACCGGGCCUACUCGGAGCUCAUGGUGUUGACUGACCUACUGCCAAGGAAAUCUGAUGUGGAAAGGAAAAUAGAAAUAGUGCAGUUUGCUAGCCGGACACGCCAACUCUUUGUUCGAUUAUUAGCUUUAGUAAAAUGGGCUAAUAAUGCCGGCAAAGUGGAAAAAUGUGCGAUGAUCUCGAGCUUCUUAGAUCAGCAAGCCAUCCUGUUUGUGGAUACUGCUGAUCGCCUGGCCUCAUUAGCUAGAGAUGCUCUGGUCCAUGCACGCCUGCCUAGUUUUGCCAUCCCAUAUGCUAUUGAUGUACUGACUACUGGGUCUUACCCACGGCUGCCAACCUGCAUUAGGGAUAAAAUUAUUCCUCCAGACCCAAUUACCAAAAUUGAGAAACAAGCUACACUUCACCAGCUGAACCAGAUUCUUAGACAUCGGCUUGUAACCACAGAUCUUCCUCCUCAGUUAGCAAAUCUUACAGUCGCAAAUGGCCGAGUGAAGUUUCGAGUUGAAGGAGAAUUUGAAGCCACCUUGACUGUGAUGGGAGAUGACCCUGAUGUUCCCUGGCGUCUUCUCAAGCUAGAAAUUCUAGUUGAGGAUAAGGAAACAGGAGAUGGACGAGCCUUGGUUCAUAGUAUGCAGAUCAACUUUAUCCAUCAGCUGGUACAGUCUAGGCUCUUUGCUGAUGAGAAACCUCUUCAGGACAUGUACAGCUGCCUGCAUUCUUUCUGCUUAUCACUUCAGUUAGAAGUGCUACAUUCCCAAACUCUAAUGUUAAUCCGAGAGCGGUGGGGAGACCUCGUACAGGUGGAAAGGUAUCAUGCAGGAAAGUGCCUCUCCCUCUCAGUUUGGAAUCAACAGGUUCUUGGGAGAAAAACAGGGACAGCAUCUGUUCACAAAGUUACCAUUAAAAUUGAUGAGAAUGAUGUCUCCAAGCCUUUACAGAUUUUUCAUGAUCCUCCUUUGCCAGCUUCUGAUUCCAAAUUAGUAGAAAGAGCCAUGAAGAUCGAUCAUUUAUCCAUAGAAAAACUCCUGAUUGACAGUGUCCAUGCACGAGCUCAUCAGAAGCUCCAGGAACUGAAGGCCAUUCUUAGAGGCUUCAAUGCCAAUGAAAAUUCUUCCAUAGAGACUGCACUUCCAGCUCUUGUUGUUCCCAUCUUGGAGCCCUGUGGUAAUUCGGAGUGUCUACACAUUUUUGUAGAUUUGCAUUCUGGAAUGUUCCAGGUGAUGCUUUAUGGACUUGACCAGGCCACACUGGAUGACAUGGAGAAGUCUGUGAAUGAUGAUAUGAAACGGAUCAUUCCUUGGAUUCAGCAACUUAAGUUUUGGCUUGGACAACAGCGUUGCAAACAAUCUAUAAAACACUUGCCUACAAUAAGCAGUGAAACAUUGCAGCUGUCCAAUUAUUCAACCCAUCCUAUUGGAAACCUUUCUAAGAAUAAGCUGUUCAUUAAACUUACCCGUCUUCCACAGUACUACAUUGUUGUGGAGAUGUUGGAGGUUCCCAAUAAACCCACACAGCUGUCAUACAAGUACUACUUCAUGUCUGUGAAUGCUGCAGAUCGUGAAGACAGCCCUGUCAUGGCCCUCCUGCUGCAGCAGUUCAAGGAAAACAUCCAGGAAUUAGUUUAUCGUACAAAAAAUGGGAAACAGCCUAGAAGCAGUACCAAGCGCAAGUUGUCUGAUGAUCUGUGUCCAGUAGAACCCAAGAAAACCAAACGAUCAGGAGAAAUGUGUGCCUUCAAUAAAGUUCUAGCUCACUUUGUCGCUAUGUGUGAUACAAAUAUGCCAUUUGUAGGACUUCGGUUGGAGCUGUCCAAUCUGGAGAUUCCACAUCAAGGAGUGCAAAUGGAAGGUGAUGGCUUCAGUCACGCGAUUCGCUUAUUGAAAAUUCCUCCCUGUAAGGGUGUAAAUGAGGAAACCCAAAAGGCUCUGGACCGCUCUCUUCUCGACUGCACUUUCCGAUUACAAGGUAGAAAUAACCGCACCUGGGUGGCAGAGUUAGUGUUUGCAAAUUGUCCACUUAAUGGCACUUCUACCAGGGAGCAAGGACCAUCCCGGCAUGUUUAUCUGACAUAUGAAAACCUGUUGUCUGAACCUGUUGGUGGUAGAAAAGUGGUUGAAAUGUUCCUUAAUGACUGGAAUAGCAUUGCACGAUUAUAUGAGUGUGUGUUGGAAUUUGCACGUUCUCUACCAGACAUACCCACUCAUCUAAACAUUUUCUCAGAAGUUCGUGUUUAUAAUUACCGAAAACUUAUCUUGUGUUAUGGAACCACCAAAGGAAGUUCAAUUAGUAUCCAGUGGAAUUCCAUACAUCAGAAAUUUCACAUUUCUUUGGGAACUGUUGGUCCAAACUCAGGAUGCAGUAACUGUCACAAUACCAUUCUCCAUCAGCUUCAAGAAAUGUUCAACAAAACACCAAAUGUGGUUCAGUUAUUACAGGUACUGUUUGAUACUCAGGCUCCAUUGAAUGCCAUCAACAAACUGCCCACUGUGCCGAUGUUGGGCUUGACCCAGAGAACCAACACUGCCUACCAGUGCUUCUCCAUCCUGCCGCAGUCGUCCACCCACAUCAGACUGGCCUUCAGGAACAUGUAUUGCAUUGAUAUAUACUGCCGGAGUCGAGGCGUUGUGGCAAUACGCGAUGGGGCCUAUAGUCUUUUUGAUAAUAGCAAGUUAGUUGAAGGUUUUUAUCCUGCACCAGGGCUCAAGACAUUCCUGAAUAUGUUUGUUGACAGCAAUCAGGAUGCUCGAAGAAGGUCUGUAAAUGAGGACGAUAAUCCCCCUUCUCCCAUUGGAGGAGAUAUGAUGGAUUCUUUAAUCUCACAACUCCAGCCACCACCCCAGCAACAGCCAUUUCCAAAGCAGCCAGGAUCAUCAGGCGCUUAUCCUCUAACUUCGCCCCCUACAUCUUAUCACAGCACAGUUAACCAGUCUCCCUCUAUGAUGCACACACAGUCUCCAGGAAAUCUGCAUGCCGCCAGCUCCCCCAGUGGGGCUUUGAGAGCCCCAUCACCAGCAUCAUUUGUUCCAACUCCUCCCCCUUCCUCGCAUGGAAUCUCAAUAGGACCAGGGGCCAGUUUUGCUAGUCCACAUGGAACCCUGGACCCUAGUUCUCCAUACACUAUGGUGUCACCAAGUGGACGAGCAGGGAACUGGCCAGGGUCUCCUCAAGUGUCUGGCCCCUCACCAGCAACACGCAUGCCUGGGAUGUCACCAGCCAACCCAUCACUACAUUCUCCAGUUCCAGAUGCUUCUCAUUCCCCUCGAGCUGGAACAAGUUCCCAAACGAUGCCCACAAACAUGCCUCCACCUCGUAAACUACCUCAGCGCUCCUGGGCGGCCUCCAUCCCUACCAUCCUCACUCACAGUGCCUUGAAUAUUUUACUGCUGCCCUCUCCAACGCCAGGCCUCGUGCCCGGCCUAGCAGGUAGUUACCUUUGUUCUCCGCUUGAGAGAUUCCUUGGAUCCGUCAUCAUGAGACGACACCUUCAAAGAAUUAUUCAACAAGAAACGCUACAGCUGAUAAAUUCCAAUGAACCCGGAGUGAUCAUGUUUAAGACUGAUGCGCUGAAAUGCAGAGUAGCCCUUAGUCCCAAAACCAACCAAACACUUCAGCUAAAAGUGACACCCGAAAAUGCAGGACAGUGGAAACCUGAUGAACUUCAAGUUUUAGAGAAAUUCUUUGAAACAAGAGUUGCAGGACCGCCAUUUAAAGCCAAUACAUUAAUAGCUUUCACCAAGCUGUUAGGAGCUCCUACACACAUCCUCAGGGACUGUGUGCAUAUUAUGAAGCUAGAGUUGUUUCCUGACCAGGCAACACAGCUAAAAUGGAACGUUCAGUUUUGCCUGACGAUCCCUCCCAGUGCACCGCCAAUUGCACCUCCUGGGACACCUGCUGUGGUGCUGAAAUCCAAAAUGCUAUUUUUUCUUCAGCUAACUCAGAAAACAUCGGUCCCUCCCCAAGAACCUGUUAGUAUUAUAGUUCCAAUCAUUUAUGACAUGGCUUCAGGUACCACCCAGCAGGCAGACAUUCCCAGACAGCAGAACUCUUCUGUUGCUGCUCCCAUGAUGGUCAGCAACAUUCUGAAGAGGUUUGCAGAGAUGAACCCACCACGACAAGGUGAAUGCACAAUAUUUGCAGCUGUUCGUGAUUUAAUGGCUAAUCUUACACUGCCCCCUGGUGGGCGUCCAUAGACACUAUUGUUUUUAAACCAGGAAAGCUGACAAAAGAGACAAAAACAACAAAAAAAAAAAUCUGAAUUCAGCCUUCAGUUUAAAAAAGCAAAAGGACUUUUUUGACUUUAAGAGCUGAAUAUUCUAAAGUGGCAAAAAUUUUCAGGGUGCACUUCUUUCAUCAAAAAGACCAUCAAUCUUUUGUAUAGUGAACUUGUAUAGUGUGUUUAAAUGGGACACAUUUCAAACUAGGUAAUACAUCAGUGUCCGUUUGCCAGUAAUAGAUUUAAUAUUCUGUUUUAUACUAUAAAGUUAUGGAAAUGCCAAACUUGUUUAUUUAAUUGUUUUCUUAUGUUUUGGGUGUAAUAGUCCUUUUUUGGUUUUUGUUUUGUUUUUUAAGGCAGGCCUGUCAUUUUUGAAUACUGUAAAACUGUGAUAAACUUUAUAUUGAAGCUGUAUUUUAAUAUGACCGCUUUGAAUCCUUACAUGAAAAUGUUCUGGGAGUUGUUAUAAACACACCCCAAAGAAGCAAUAUUUAAUAAAACUAGGUUAAAAAAAGUGA